UUUUUUCCCGGUCAGACAUCCAGGAAUGCAUCGACGCUAGGGCGAAGAAUUUGAUGUGCUUUUGCAAGAGUGGUGUUUUUGCUGCCCAAAGUAGUUUAAAGUCCGAAAGGAAAAUUGAAGGGAAAAGCCACAACAGAAAUAAAACAACCCAUACAAGGCUUGAAAAAUGGAGCAAUUUGAGCAACUACUCACGUGUUGCGUGUGUCUCGAUCGAUACCGCAACCCGAAGCUGCUACCAUGCCAGCAUUCGUUCUGCAUGGAACCGUGCAUGGACGGUCUGAUCGACUACGUCAAGCGACAGGUCAAGUGUCCAGAAUGCCGUGCCGAGCACCGGAUACCGUACCAGGGUGUACAGGGGUUCCCGACCAACGUCACCCUGCAGCGGUUUCUCGAGCUGCACAUCGAAAUCACUGGCGAACUGCCAGACCCGACGUCCGGUCAGGUGAUGGAACGGUGCAACGUGUGCUCGGAAAAGGCGUACUGUGCGCUGUGUGUGCACUGCGACAAGAAGAUCUGUGCGGACUGCAAGGGUGCCCACAUGGAUAUACUGCGGCGUGAGAUCAGUCGCAUCAACAACCAGAUCCGGCGUGGGCUGCACCGUCUGAAGGAGGUGCUGGCGGUGGUGGAGAAGAACGCAUCGAACCUGCAGAACAACUGCACGAGCGUGUCGGAGGAAAUCGACGAAAUCUAUCGCCGGUUGCAGAAGGCACUGAAGGAUCGUACCGAUCAUUUGCGCCACGAGAUGGACAAGUACAUGUCGACCGAGCUGAAGAAUGUGGUUACGCUGAAGGAAAACCUUGAGCUGGAGAUCGCCAACAUUCAGAGCAAUGCGGACCUGGCGGAGAAGUACAUGAACGAUUCGGUCGAAUGGGACGACUGUGAGCUGAUGGACACGAAGGAGAUCUUUCUGCGCACGGUUGACUUUAUCCGGAACUUUGACUGCGAAACGAUGGACUACAGCCGGAAGGUGCGCUUCAUCAUGAACAUCGAUCCGAACAAGCUGAUCAAUGAGGUGUCCGCGUACGGUGAUCUGAACCUGCCGAACCAUGGUGGGGCAGCUACGAGCCAAAGUCAGGGCAUGCUGCAGCCACCGCCUGGUCCGGGUCUGAUGCGUUCGAAGAGCGAUCACCGGCUGGCCGCACAGUUCCGUCAGCAGCAGGAAGCACAGCCUUGGAAUGCGGACGAGGAACCACUGCUCGGUGGUCGCAAGUUUGGUGAGCGUCCACCGAAACCUGUAACGCAGGAGCGUGAUCGUUAUGGUGGAGAAUCGCGCUACGGACGGGGUACGACCGAUUACGACUACGAUGACGAUACGACCUCAUCCAGUCGUACCGGCAAGGGCCGGUUCCGUUCUCGCUUUGCUCGUUCUCACCAACUCGACAACGACUCAGACAACGAGUCCAAGACGAACACCAAGUCUGCGGCCGAAUUGGAGAAGGAACGCAACAAGGUUAGCAGUACGGAGGAUUGCGCCAAGGGUCCGCUGAGUGGCAUCUUCCGCCUGAUGGAUUCGCCGCGCGUCAUGAAGCGUCUGCAGGACCAGGAAAAGGGCAAGAAGGAGAAGAAAGCCUCACCGGCCACGACACCCACCCUGAACAAACCUUCACCGUUGGGUGUGAAGCCCAAGACCGGUCCACCGACUGCGGCCGCCCGCCAACUGUCGGAGGACGAUGAGAUCGCGAAGAUCAAGCGCCAGAACAAGGGAGCGUCCGGUUCGAACACGACGACCCAGACGACGGGUGUCACAUCGCCACCGGCCCCGGAACCGGAACGACCAGCGGCUGACCGGGUGUCAGCACUGAAGGCAGGCCGUACCGCAACUCCAACGUCAGCCGGUAGCGAUGACAGCGACAGUCCAACGUCACCGGCCCGUCGCUCAUCGCCCCACGUCGAGGCCGAUAGUGAUCAAGAUGAUUCGGAAUCGAACCGUCGCAAUUCGCGACAAUCGUCCGUGGGCAACAAAACGGCCACGGGUGCCGCGCAGAAGAAACCGGUCACUCGCUCCGCUAGCAGCGAAUCAAACUCGUCCAGCGAAAGCUCGAGCGCUUCGCCGGUGCCACCGUCCACGCGUACCACCACCGAACCGCCGGAAGUGAAACCCAAAACGAUCCUCAAGAACGCGAACGAGAACGCGCAGCGUAACGGUACCGCUAGUGCGACCAGCACCGAGACGGCCAAAAAACCGUUCCAGAGCCGGUUCCUGCCCCAGACAGCGCCGGCAGCGCCGGAAAAGAAGGAAGAAUCGGAAAGCAGCUCCGAGGAGGAAACAUCGUCCGAGGAGGAAUCCGAGGAGGAGGAGGAGGAAGAGGAGGAGAAGCCAGCGGCAACUCCGGCGCCCACUGCUGCCCGGUCUUCACCGGUCACGACCACCACGUCCAGCUCGGUGUCGUCACGCGCGCACGACACGCACACACCGAGCAGCCCACUGUUUGGACGCGUGUCCCGCCAGGACUCGUCGGAGAAUUCGCGCAAGAGCUCGCGUGACGAGCUGCGGACGUCCAGCGGGUACUCGAGCCCGACCAGCUACCGUAGCCAGAAUCACUACGAGCGGGAUGAAAGCCCCAAGUAUGGGUCGUCCAGUACGGGGUCGUCGGCACUGCGCUCACGCACCACUGGCCAUGCGGCCGAACCGGAGGACAACAAAUAUGGCAGCGGUUCUGGAUAUACGAGCCGGUUCCUGAACAAGAGCAAAAGCACCGCGGUGGUAGCACCGGAGGACGAGGCAACGGACGAUUCGGACAGUCGGUACGGGGCGGGCGGGCGUAGCCGGUUCACCGCGCUGCAGGACCGUCGCAAUCGGUUGGCCCGUAGCCGUUCGUCACACAACUUUGGUAAUGAUGAUGAGGAGGAUGAGCCCGUAUCACCGACAACCAAUUCGCCAUCGGCCUAUUUGGCUUCGAGGUACGGAGCAUCGUCCUCGCUUGCCUCGCAACCAGCUGACCUGUCCCGCAGCCGCUCGACACACGCCCUCAAGUCCCGUGCCUCGCCGGAACGGAACAGUAGCGCCUCCGGUGGCGAUAAGGAUGGGGCCGCACUCAGCUCCUGGGCCCGGUACCUCAAAAACAAGUACGGCAAUCGAACGACCAAAGACUCGAAGGAUACACCCAGCUCGUCCAGCCUUUCGUCGGGCGUAGGAUCAUCCUCGCUCUCGUCCCCGUCGUCCUCCUCGUCCACGUCCAGUGCGUCGGCUUCGGCUGCCGCCCGGCGACUCAGCCUCGGUUUGCCGUUGCGCCAGACCGAUCUACUCAGCUCGGACGAUGAUUCAAAAAACGGGGUAGGCUCCCCUACCUCUCCUACGGCAGCAGCGGCAGUAGCCGGUAUACCCGGGGCAGCAGGUAUGUCCCCUAGGACGCAGUACCUGCAGAAGCGCCGGCAGCUGUUCCAGAUAGGAGGUCGGGGGAGCGAACCAGGUUCCUUCACGUGGCCGCGCGGUAUCGCCGUCGGUCCGGACAACAGUAUCGUCGUGGCGGACUCGUCCAACCAUCGCGUCCAGGUGUUCGACUCCAACGGCAUCUUCGUCAAGGAGUUCGGCCAGUACGGUAACGGAGAUGGCGAGUUUGACUGUUUGGCCGGUGUUGCGGUUAACCGUAUCGGUCAGUUCAUCAUAGCCGAUAGAUACAACCAUCGGAUUCAGGUGCUUGAUCCGGCCGGUCGUUUUCUGCGAUCGUUCGGCUCGCAGGGCACUACCGAUGGAAAAUUCAACUACCCCUGGGGCAUCACUACCGAUGCGCUAGGGUUCAUCUACGUUUGCGAUAAGGAAAAUCACAGAAUUCAGGUAUUCCAAUCCGAUGGAUCAUUUAUUGGCAAGUUUGGCACCUGCGGCAAGGAAAAGGGUCAGCUCGAACAUCCGCACUACAUCGCCGUCUCGAACACGAACCGUGUCAUCGUGUCCGACUCCAACAAUCACCGGGUGCAGAUUUUUGACGUCAACGGUCGCGUCCUGACAACGUUCGGUGGCGAAGGCUCCGAGGAAGGUCAAUUUAAAUUCCCAAGAGGAGUUGCGGUUGACGAUCAGGGCUACAUCUGUGUGGCCGACUCGGGCAACAACCGCAUCCAGAUCUUCCACCCGGACGGUAGCUUCCUGCGCGCGUUCGGUUCCUGGGGAUCGGGCGAUGCCGAGUUCAAAGGACUCGAGGGCGUUGCGAUCAUGUCGAACGGCAACAUCCUGGUGUGCGAUCGCGAGAAUCAUCGGGUGCAGGUGUUUUAGUGCAACUGUUCACGAAGUCUUUUAAUCGAAAUUCGGCAACAGCGGCAUCGGUACAGUGCAAUCGGAUGGUUAUGUUAUUUCUAGCCAACAAUUUUCCUAGAGUCCUAGAAAUUGUGCCAAACCAACAAUUUAAUACAAAGCAGAAUUAUUAUCAAUUUCCUUCAUCCAAGAGGUUUCCUUCUCGUCUUCAUAAGGGCCAAAUAUUUUGAAUCCAUUUUUAUCAAGCUCUUUCAUCAUAAAAAAAUCAAGUAAAUCACAAAAUUAUGGAAGAAAAUUCGUAAUACGGCCCCUCCGAAUCGCUCGCUAGCAUAAUGAAAGCAGACGACUUUAGUGUAAUGUGUGCGUGUGUUUGGUCGUGUGUCGGCUGUACCACUCACAUCGAUCAAUGGGGUGCAUGAUGGGAUGGAUCCCGUAACAUUACUGCAUUGCCUUUUUGCUAGAUAGUUAGAUGGAAUAAAAGGUUGUUUUUUUUGUCUGGAGUUUUCAACGCGA